GAAUGCCACGGAAACGCACCUUAACGAGUACAAACACUGACUGCAAAGUACCGAAAGCUUCCCACACCACAGAGGAUGAGAUACGAAGUCCGUAUUUUGGCGACCCUGAGAGAGUGAGUGAGGCAAGUGAGAGAGAGGAAGGCAAAGCUAAGGAAUCACUUUCUGUUCUUCUUGACCCUAUAGUCUCCCUGCCUGCCCCAGCACAGCCUCGGGGAUCUGGACAGAAACUCACGGAGGAAUUCUAUGACCAAGAGUGUGUUGCGUUGGCCAAAGCUCUCCUCGGGAAGGUGAUGGUGCGGGUGGUGGAAGGAAGGCGGGUGUCAGCAAGAGUGGUGGAGACAGAGAGCUACCUGGGAGGGCCGGACCAAGCCUCACACAGCUGUGGGGGAAAGCGAACCCCAAGGAACGAACCCAUGUACAUGAAACCAGGGACAGCUUAUGUGUACAGCAUCUACGGCAUGUACCACUGCUUCAAUGUGUCCAGCAGAGGUGAUGGAGCGUGUGUGCUGGUGAGGGCUGCUGAACCACUGGAGGGCCUGGAGGUAAUGGUGCAAGGGAGGGGCGCUCGGCGAGGAACCACCGCACCUCCUCUCAAGCCCCAUCAGCUAUGCAAUGGCCCUUCUAAGCUGUGUCAGGCCCUCGCUCUCACCAAAGAAUCGGCGAACAAACUAGAUUUGGCAGAGUCGGAUGUGUUCUGGAUGGAGGAGGAGGAAGAGGAGGAGCAAGAGGAUGGCAUAGGAGAAGCAGGAGUGUGUGAGAGCCUAGUAGUUGUCAGUACAAGGAUUGGUAUUGAUUCCUAUGGGGUAGAAUGGGCCAAAAAGCCUCUCAGGUUUUAUAUUUUGGGUAACAAGUGUGUGAGUGUGAAGGACAAGCAGGCAGAGAAGUAUAUGGUAGGGUAGGUGUCUAUGAGUGUGGGUGUGUGUGGAAAUAAAGAGAUGUCCUACUUUGACCCACAGAUCUGACUACAGCUAAGGCACAGGCAGGUGUAGCUAGCCAAGAGUCAGUGACCUGUAUUCUGAAACACUUCAACACCACAUUUCUACAUUAAAAAGGGUCAGGUUGGUGAGACACGGGUUUCAAAGUGUGUCUUUAUGGUUCUAGCGACAGAUUCAUAAGUUUUACGUCAAGAGGAGAAAUAGUUAGAAAACCCAGCUAAUUAUCUCUAAGGCCUUUGAAAAUAUUGUAGUGAAAUUGUAAAGUGUUUCAAAAUAUAAGCCAGUGUGGGAUUCUCAAAACUGGAUGGAUGACACUAUAAUAUAAAGAAUCUGUAAAUAUAUGCAUGAUUAAUACCGUAUUUGAUUUUGUCUGACUAAGUAAUAAAGAUUUUUUAGUA